AUGGAUUUGGGCUUGUUCAUAAGGAGAGUCUCCAGUUGGGAUGCAGUGACUUAUGAUGAUGUGCAUGUGAACUUCACUGCGGAAGAGUGGAAUUUGCUGGAUCCUUCCCAGAAGAAUCUCUACAAAGAUGUGAUGCUUGAGACCUACUGGAACCUCACUGCUAUAGGCUAUAAUUUGAAAGUCCAUCCUACUGAAGAACAAUGUCAAACUUCUAGAAGUCAUGAAAGGCAUGAAAGAAGUCAUAUUGGAGAGAAACCAUAUGAAUGUAAUCAAUGUGGUAAAGCCUUUGCAAGGCGCAGUCAUCUCCAAAGACAUAAAAGAACACAUACUGGAGAGAAACCUUAUGAAUGUAAUCAAUGUGGUAAAUCCUUUUCACGUCAUAGCAAUCUCCAAUAUCAUAAAAGGACACAUUCUGGAGAGAAACCUUAUGAAUGUAAUCAAUGUGGUAAAGCCUUUGCAUAUCAAAGUAGUCUCCAAUAUCAUAAAAGAACACAUACUGGAGAAAAACCUUAUGAAUGUAAUCAAUGUGGUAAAGCCUUUUCACGUCACAGUAGUCUCCAAUAUCAUAAAAGAACACAUACUGGAGAAAAACCCCAUGAAUGUAAUCAAUGUGGUAAAGCCUUUUCAUUUCACAGUCAUCUCCAAAGACAUAAAAGUACACAUCCUGGAGAGAAGCCUCAUGAAUGUAGUCAAUGUGGUAAAGCCUUUUCACGUCACAGUAGUCUCCAAUAUCAUAAAAGAACACAUACAGGAGAGAAACCUUAUGAUUGUAAUCAAUGUGGUAAAGCCUUUUCAUUUCACAUAAAUCUCCAAAGACAUAAAAGAUCACAUACUGGAGAGAAACCUUAUGAAUGUAAUCAAUGUGGUAAAGUCUUUUCACAACACAGUAAUUUCCAAAGACAUAAAAGAACACAUACUGGAGAGAAACCUUAUGAAUGUAAUCAAUGUGGUAAAGCCUUUGCAAGGCCCAGUCAUCUCCAAAGACAUAAAAGAACACAUAUUGGAGAGAAACCUUAUGAAUGUAUUCAAUGUGGUAAAGCCUUUUCACAACACAGUAAUCUCCAAAGACAUAAAAGAACACAUACUGGAUAG